AUGACAACAAGGCCACUAUGGCGUUAUUUGACAUCAUUAUAUGAAAAUCAACCUCGUUCUACACAAUAUGAAACACCAAAACGAACGGAUAAUCUUCAAGCUGAUGUUAAUCAAGUUGUUACUAUUAUGAAAGAUAAUCUUGAAAAAGUACUUGAACGUGAUGCUAAUUUAGCUGCAGUUGAAAGUCGAACUGGUGACUUAGAACGUGGUGCAUCACAAUUUACAAUAAAUGCUAGAAAUUUAAAAAAGAAAUAUUGGUGGAAAAAUCUUAAAAUGUGGGCUAUUUUAAUAAUUAUUAUUAUCGUUUUGAUCAUUGUCAUUGUUGUUGCUGUUACACAAUCAGCAAAAGGCAACAGUGAUAAUAAUAAUAAUAAUAAUGUCAAUCAAAAUACUACCCCUGGAAAAUAA